AUGAAUACGCCAUUAUAUAUAAGUAAAAUGGAUUGGGAUUUUAAAACAGGUUUUGCUACACUUAUAGCAAAAUGUUAUACAUCAGAUGUUGAAACUGUAUCUGGUCUCCGAAUUUCGUGA